AUGGCUGCGUAUUGGUCGAAUACCAAGGCCGUGGUCAGAGACCAAAACAGCCCGACGGGUGUGACCCCCCUGCGAAUUCAAAACAUCACCGAGCCGUUCCCCGAGGGUAUUGCCUACGACACGGGCGAGCUUCCCUUCGGAUCGCACUAUAUUGAUAUUUGGCUGUAUAACGGGGCAUGGCGGUGGAUGGGCGGGAAAUCUACACUGGUUUCCAGUCCGAAUAUCCCAAAGACCACUGUGCAUGCUGUUGAGAACGGAACUGUCAACCCAUUCUUCAGCAUCCCAGAAGGUUCAUCCACCCUUCGCAGCGAGAUUUUGGGUGACAGCUCCCCGAGCGGUGGCACUGUCCAGUGGGACUCUGUCGACGCCAACAAUGGCAGUUCCGUAACCUUCAAGACCCUACCCAACGCGACAUACAUGAUCAUCAAUGGGACAAUCGGACCCGAGUACUCGCAAUUGAACUUGAAUAUUGCCCCGAUGCCUCCAGCGGCAAUCCUCACAUCGGCCGGUUCGAAUGGCGCCUUGGUAUACUCUCCCUAUCGUAAUCCGGCAGUCCUGUAUUGGACUCCGCUCGACCCUAAAAUACAAUACACCCUCUCCAUUUUGGGAGGUCUUUCGACGCAGCCCGGCCCCCCUCAGUCUGGGAUGACGGUUACUCCUUGGACUGCCAACGUCCACAGUGUAACCUUCUGGACAGAUAAGGUGUCUCCAGUGGUUUCAGACCCUACUCCGUUCGAGGUGGACGGUACACGGAGCGACGGCGCUACUCGUGUCCCCUCGGAUGACGACGAGUCGGCGGACAAGGUUGCGGACGAACUCACCCCCACCCAAGUUGCCAAGGCUCGUGAAGCCGGCUUCCUCGGAGCGAGCGGCAACGCCCCCCGCCGCUGGAACUGGCGUCAGCCACCCGCCUCCGAGGCCGGCGUCUCAGCAGUGCCCUCGUCUGUUCUGGAACCCGGCGCAGCCGUGCCCUUCUCUCGCGGUCCCGCGUCGGCUGUCCCUUCAUCCAUCAUGAUUCCCCACCUUGGCGGCCCAGGCUCUGUCGCCGCGUCGUCAUCCCUCGAGCCCGACGACGCUGUCGACUCGCGCUUCUACGACUCAGCGCGUGCCGGCUCAAGCAAUGGCGCUGGCUCUAGCAGCGCCAUGCUGUCGCCCACAUCGACCCAGGUCAACGGAGUCACGGUCAAGGAUACCGAGGACAAUGACACCACUGCGAUUCUCGCUGCACCGGUGCACGGCGACAGACGCAUCCAGCAGGCCGAGGAUGGCGGUUCUGUUGACGACGACGGGAACGUCGUCAUGGUCCCCCCGAGCUACAACCCGUCGUGGGCGAGUCGCGGCGCCAACCUGGCCGAUUCUGGGGCGGUCACACGUGUUGUGAGCGACCGCGGUGCGACUACCGUUGCCGAGGUCGACGAGGACCUCGUUGAACCUCCUGCCCUUGGUCGUGCUGUCUAG